UCUUUGACUUGUUUCAAUCAUUAACAGCCACAAGUUAUCCAAGUUAAUCUUUUGAUUUAGUCUUGAAAAAUCCUUACAAAAUGCGUUUACUUGCCAUUUUAAUUCUUGCUCUUGUUGCCUACUCUGUUUCAGGAGCCACUCUUGCAUCCCAAAACAAGUUGGCCAAUGGUGCCACCAAAAAUAAUUCAGGUGCAAACUCUGUAUCGCAAGUCACUGAUGAAAUUGAGAAUGAAACAAGCACCGCCAUCACUGUUGAAGAAACUGAAUCUGAAAAGAUUGAAAGAUUGUUAAAGGAGAUUCAAGAGCUUUUGGCAAAUGUAACAGCAAACCAAGAACCUCGACCUCCAGUCAAACCUGUCUUACCUCCAAUGGUCUUACCUAAACCUCCAUGCCACAAACCUAUUCCACCAUUCAAUUUACCUCGACCACCCUUCGGUUUACCUCGCCCUCCAUUUGGCUUACCACGACCUCCAUUCCAACCAGCUCCAUUCUAUGGACCAAGACCAUUCUCUGGAUUCGGAUCUCAAGGUGUUGUUACUCACCAUGAACAUUUUGGCGGACGAUUCGGUAAUAAUCAAAGAUUUGGUUUUCGACAAAACUGGUGAUUUAAGUGCAACAAAAUGUAUUACAUUGGAUUACUAACCUCAAUCCCAUUAUCUAAAUCAAUAAACUAACUAUUACACAGUAA